UCAAAGUGAGGCAUAGAGAGGUUUAGUAAGUGGCCCAAAAUCAUAUAGUAAGUGGUAAAGCUGGGGUUGUAGCUGAGGCAGUGUGGCUCCAAAGUCCACAUUCUUCACCACACGCUACGCUUUCUCUCCAAACAUGUCUUGAAUUUUAAAGAGGCACAUAUUGUGUGAGAAAUUUGUAGUUAUUUACUCACUUUAACCAUGAAACAUCUACAACUGACUACUAUUUUUCAUGUAACAGUCAUGAGCUUGGAAAUUGCUAUUUAAUUAUAAAUAUGUGAAAAAUGAAAAGAAAUCAGCAGAAUAGAAUAAAGGAGAGGUGCACUAACAGUUUUGGAGAUGGUGACUAGAAAGGAUUCUGAAUUCGUCUAAUGUAAUCACACUGUUUUCCAGUAAGAAAACAGAGCCAUAUUCAUAAAUGCAUCCAGAUAAUGACUCAAAUUCAUGCUGCCUUACAUUGAUCUUGCAAUUUCUCUUCUACUAUGUAGUUUUUUGAAUCUGGACACUAAGGUUUAUUUUUGUACUCUCAGUAUCUAAAUAGUGUUACAAAUAAAACCAUAUCCCACUGUUCUGUACCUCUUUGUACAGUGUCUAUUUUCUCCUCUCUCACCAUCUAGUUCACCCCAAAAAUUCAGAAAAAAUACUCACUACUAAUGUGGCAGUUGGUGAUAGUCAUGAGUUAGUUCACUUGAGUUCAAAAUUAGUUGCUGAAAAUCAGGAUAUUGUGGUCCUGUUCUCCUGAGCUCUCAUCUCUGAUAUAAGCCUGAACAAAGAGUAAAUGAGACGGAAGAGCAAUAUUACAGAAUUUGUCCUCCUGGGCUUUUCUCAGGAUCCUGAUGUGCAAAAAGCAUUAUUUGUCAUGUUUUUACUCACAUACAUUGUGACAAUGGUGGGGAACCUGCUCAUUGUGGUGACUAUUAUUGCCAGUCCUUCCUUGGACUCGCCGACGUACUUCUUCCUUGCCUGCCUGUCAUUUAUAGACGCUGCGUAUUCCACCACCAUUUCUCCGGUAUUGAUUGUAGACUUAUUCUGUGAUAAAAAGACUAUUUCCUUCCCAGCUUGCAUGGGCCAGCUCUUUAUAGACCACUUGUUUGGUGGUACAGAGGUCUUCCUUCUGGUGGGCAUGGCCUAUGAUCGCUAUGUGGCAAUCUGUAAGCCACUGCGCUAUUUGACCAUCAUGAAUCGACAGGUUUGCAUCCUUAUGUUGGUGUUGGCUAUGAUUGGAGGUUUUAUGCAUUCUGUGUUUCAAAUUGCUGUUGUGUACAGUCUCCCUUUCUGUGGCCCCAAUGUCAUUGACCACUUUUUCUGUGACAUGUACCCAUUAUUGGAACUGGUGUGCACUGACACGUACUUUGUAGGCCUUGCUGUGGUUUUCAAUGGUGGAGCAAUCUGUAUGAUCAUCUUCACCCUUCUACUAAUCUCCUAUGGAGUCAUCCUAAACUCCCUUAAAACUUACAGUCAGGAAGGGAGGUGUAAAGCCCUGUCUACCUGCAGCUCCCACAUCACAGUGGUUGUCCUGUUUUUUGUUCCCUGUAUUUUCAUAUAUGUUAGACCUGUUUCAAACUUUCCUAUUGAUAAAUUCAUAACUGUGUUUUAUACAGUUAUCUCACCCAUGUUGAAUCCCUUGAUAUACACACUGAGAAAUUCAGAGAUGAGAAAUGCUAUAGAAAAACUUGUGUAAAAGUUAAGUAUAGUUAGAAUAAGAGUGUCCCUCCUCAUGUAGAUAAGGAAGUAUGUAGACAGGGUCUUCUCAGUUAAAUUUUCAGACUUCUAAGGGAAAUUCAAGGAUCCCAAAGCGGAAGACAAGAUUUAGAUGCUCCCAGCUCAAUUAAAAAGUCAUCCCAUCAUGGCAUCUCUUUGACAUUCAAGAUCUCAUCCUCUAUAUCCAGACUGAGAGUGGAUGGGGCUGCUUGGGUGCAGGUCCUAUUGUGCAAGUUUUAAAUUACGGUGUUUUUCCAUUACAUGUCAAUUGAGAUAGGAUAUUUCUUCUAUAUGCCCGGUGCAGAAUGGAGAAAGGGAGGGAUAGGUAAUUAAAAUAGAUGCUCCUGUUCAAUAGGGAAGGCUAUGGUGCUUCCUUCUGUGUAAUGUAUUUAAAGACUUUGUGGAAUAUACAAGCACCAUAUUUGCAAAUAUCUUUGAAACAGGCCUUUCUCAGAUUUGAGCUGAAACUCUGUGUGCAGAUAAUACUCUUAAGAAUCUUAGAAUUAUGUUUGUCUUGUUUAAAGUACUUAUGAGACACACUAUGAAAUGUUUCUGAAGUCUUUUCAUAGUGUCUUAGCAUCCAUAAGUUUGAAAUGACUAUUA